UAUAUAUAUAUUUUUUAAAUCACAACUCAAACAAAAUUAUAACACAAAAUGAUGUUUCCAUAAAUAAACUAAAAACACACACACACACGUGACAAACAGCAACAAGAAACCAGAAACCACAUGCCACAAACUGUAGAUAUAUACAUGCGUCAUCGCCAACGUCACUCUUCAAUCUUAGUCACUCGAGCUUGGUCAGUAUAUAUCUACCACCCGAUGGACCAAAUCAUUCAUUCAUCUUCAAUCUCAAGCUCAGUAACAAUGGCUGACAACCCUCAACCCCACUUCUUAUUCAUCACGUACCCCAUGCAAAGCCAUAUCAACCCCGCCCUCCACCUUGCCAAGCACCUCGCAACCACCACCGGUGCCACCGUCACCUUCUCCACCACCAUCUUCGCCCACCGCCGCAUGUUCUCCUCCACCACCAACUCCGACAAAGGCUUCAUUGAUGGCCUCAUCACCUACCUCCCCUUCUCCGAUGGCUUCGAUGAAGAGGGUUACAAACGUGCCACCAUGGAUCCGAAGGAGUACUUCUCACUCUUCAGAACAAAUAGUAAACGCAACGUUUCUAUCCUCUUGAACGACCUCGCCACCAGUGGCCGGCCGGUGAAGUGCAUAGUCUAUACCCUCUUGUUAGACUGGGUGGUGGACAUCGCCGGUGAGCAUGGCAUCCCUUCAGUUCUCUAUUGGAUACAAGCUGCCACUGUGUUUGGCACCUACUAUCACUUCUUUCAUGGCUUUGAGUGUCUAAUCAAAGCUCACGCUGAUGAUCCUUCGUUCCCCGUCUGUUUUCCGGGAUUGCCACCGCUCCAAAUCAGAGACUUGCCAUCGUUUCUCACUGACACAGAAGCCGAUGGCAUCUACGCCACCAUUCUAGACUCGUUCAGAGAGUUGUUUAAGAUUUUAGAUGGGAAACAAGAGAAGAAGAUGAAGAAGCCCAAGGUGUUGAUAAACACCUUCCAAGAAUGGGAAACUGUUGCUUUAGCUUCAUUCAGCAAUGAGGUUGAAGCCAUACCUGUUGGACACUUGCCAAAAGAGUACACCAACUCUGUUGUUGGAUGUCUUUUCAGGGAGGAUGAAAAGAAGUACAUGGAAUGGUUGGACACAAAAGAGGAGGGAUCAGUGGUGUAUAUAUCAUUCGGAAGUGUCUCAAUGAUGAAGAAGGAGCAGAUGGAGGAGAUUGUGAAAGCAUUGAAGCAGAGCAAGAGGCCAUAUCUAUGGGUUGUGAGAAAGGAUAACAGAGAGGAAGAAUUACUUGAGAUUGAAGAAGGAGAGGAUGGGAUGGUGGUGGAGUGGUGCUCACAAGUGAGAGUGUUGGCGCACAGGGCGGUUGGUUGCUUUGUGACGCACUGUGGGUGGAACUCAACGUUGGAGAGCUUGGUGUGUGGCGUGCCGAUGGUGGGCGUGCCACACUGGACGGAUCAAGCCAUGAAUGCGAAGUUGGUUGAGAGUUUUUGGGGUUGUGGAGUGAGGAGUGAGGUUGAUGGUGUUAUUAAAGGAGAAGAGCUUGUGAAAUGUUUGGAGAUGGUCAUGGGUGAAGGAGGGAAGAGUGUGGACAUUAGAAGAAGGGCUAAGAUGCAGAAAGAUAAGGCUUUAGAGGCUGUGGGUGAAGCUGGAUCAUCUCAUCUUAAUCUCAUGGCUCUUGUUAGAAUGUUCACUGAAUAAUUGCUGUAGGGAAUCAUACAUAUAUAUAUAUAUAUAUAUUAUGAUAAGUAGUGUGGGAUGUGCUUGGAUUGUGAUUUGAUUUCAUGUACGUAUACAUAUACAUUUGAUUGCUUAGUGGAGUGCAGUUAAAAUUUGGUUAGUUUUA